GAGCGAACCUGGCGCUGAGCGGCAGCACUGCACCUCCAACACUGUUUCCACCUCUGAUCAAAUCUCUGCCUAUCGUCUCUAGUUUGCCACUGAACGCAGAUUGGUUCUCAUCGGUACAUGCAACCGAUACAACUCUCAACACGCGACACGACCCGGGAACUGUGUCUCGCGCGCGCGGCCACCGUCUCGCGUUCUUCGCUUCUCAUGAGGUGAUCGCCGGUGCUUUCGCUCUCCUGUUUCCAAAAGUUUCGCUUGUGGGCACAAAAGGACGACUUAAACCUUCCCGAGGAUUUUAAACAACGCAGAGGACCAUUGAGGAUGAGCCACCAGUGACCCGAUUCCAAGAGAGAGUUGACCACAGAACAGUUUGCACCAUUCUGCCCAUACCCUUUACCCCCUCUCUCUUCUCUCCGCCCCUUCCCCACACCCCUCUGCUCUCACCCCUAACCCCCCCUCCGCCCAACCCCAGCCCAGUCACCAAAAUGGACUUGCAUCGGGCGGCUUUCAAAAUGGAGACUUCCUCCUACCUGCCCAACCCAUUGGCAUCCCCGGCACUUAUGGUGUUGGCGUCGACAGCGGAGGCCAGCCGCGACGCCUCCAUCCCCUGCCAGCAACCUCGCCCAUUUGGCGUGCCAGUGUCCGUGGAGAAGGACAUUCACCUCCCCUUCAACAACGGCUCCUACACGUUCGCUUCCAUGUACCACCGGCAGGGCGCCGUACCGCCUGGCUUCCCCAACAGGGACUUCCCUCCUUCCCUCCUACACCUCCAUCACCAAUUCGCCCCACCCAAUCUAGACUGCUCACCCAUAAGCAUGCUCAACCACAGCGGCGUUGGGGCCUUCAGACCCUUCGCCUCCCCUCAAGAUGACCGUGAUGGAGCAGGAGGGGGAUAUCAGUCCGCCUUCACCCCCGCCAAGCGGCUAAAGGGUUGCCUGGAGGCCGAUGCCUCUCCCCACCUGCGCUAUUCAGACGCGGAUGGAAAAGAGUAUGACUUUGGUGGCACUCAUAUUCCCUCCAGCUCGCCAAGUGCUCUCAAAGCCGUGGAAGAUGCCGGGAAGAAGAUCUUCGCGGUGUCAGGCCUGCUGUCGGACCGGGAGACCUCGUCCAGUCCAGAAGAUCGCAUUGAGCGCUGUAAGAAGAAAGUGUCACUCUAUGACAGUCAGGCUCCGAUAUGUCCCAUCUGUCAGGUGUUGUUGCGUCCUGGAGAACUUCAGGAGCACAUGGAGCAGGAGAUGGAGAGGCUCACCCACAUGCACAUCAGCAAGAACCCAUCACAUAAGGACAUCAACGCAGCUCCGGGCACACCAAAGUCUCUCCUGUUGUCAGUGCACAUCAAACGCGAGGGCGAGUCUCCAGUCGUGUCCCCGCUUUCUUCUGAUGAAGCACACCAUUCUGACAGAUACCAGACAUUUUUACGAGUGCGGGCGAACAGGCAAACACGAUUGAAUGUCGAUGACCUUUGCUGGUGCAGGCGCUACACCAAGGAAAGUUUCAAAAGCCCCCCAACCCCUGUGCCCAGAGGAGUGCCCAUAGCCCCUUGCUGCCUGCGGCAUGCCCGGAUUGGGAAGAUGAAGCGCCGGAAGCCAGAGGAUGGACAGGUAUGUCCACUGUGCAGCGCUCCGCUGGCAGGGACAGAGGAGGAAAUGAGUAGGCAUGUGGAACAAUGUCUAUUCAAGAGGGAAGGUGCAACAGAGGACGAUUCCGCUGAUAUUGAAGGAGAGAACGGGACGCGGUUUGAAGAGUACGAGUGGUGUGGACAGAAACGGGUCCGAGCAACCACUUUACUAGAAGGUGGAUUCAGAGGAACAGGCUUUGCUAUGUGCAGCACAAAAGAGAGCCAUGACAGUGAUGCAGACCUUGACGUGGACGGAGAUGACACUCUGGAAUAUGGCAAAGCCCAGUACACUGAAGCAGACAUUAUUCCCUGUUCUGGUGAAGACCAGGGCGAGGCCAAAGAACGCGAGGCACUGCGUGGAGCUGUUUUGAACGGUGGUGUGCCAUCCAAUAGAAUAACACCUGAAUUCUCCAAAUGGGCAAGUGAUGAAAUGCCCUCGACCAGUAAUGGUGAAAGCAGCAAACAGGAACCCAGCUCUUCUUCUGCGUCCUCCACACCUAGAACCUGUAAAAACAGCGAGAUCGAAAAGAUCACAGAGGACUCCACAGCGACCACACUGGAGGCACUAAAGGCCCGCAUCAGAGAGCUUGAGAAGCAGAUCCUCAGAGGGGACCGAUACAAGUGUCUCAUAUGCAUGCGGAAGCCGACCCAAACUGGGAAUGACGGCAAGAAUCAGGUGGCCGAGAGGCACGGGAGCGCAGAGGCCCUGCAGCUCGGCGUGUACUGUUUGUACAGAAGCUACGUAACGGGCUGCAGCACUGCCGCUGCGGGCAGCAGUGGGAUUAAGAGACUGCUGCCGCUCCGGAGGGAUUCAUAUACGAUGCCCCUCACCUCAAUCCAGUGUUGGCACGUUCACUGUGAAGAAUGCUGGCUUAGGACUCUGGGAAACAAGAAACUCUGCCCACAAUGCAACACCAUCACAUCACCAGGGGACCUCAGGCGUGUCUAUUUGUGAAGAAAGUCUGGAUUAUUCCUCUUUGUUUUGUGUUUUUGAAUUUACUUUUCCAUUAGUGUAUUUUGGUUUCCUCCUGAGGGGGUGAAGAAUUGUCCAGCCUCGUAUCCAUGAGAGGCAAAGACUCAGAUUGACCUUAAAUGGGGACUGUCUUAACAAGCAUAGGACUAUGAGGACUGUAUAUAAAUCUCUUGUGUUAAGAGCCCCCCUCCUCGCUUCCCCCCAGGGGCAGAUGUGUGCCCUCUUGUGUUAGUUCAUGGUCCAUCCUCUCCACAGUUUCUGAACCGCUACUGUUCAACUAAGGAAAUAAGAAAACCGCUCAUUCUUUCCCCACACCAACGCUGCUCUACAUCGACCUCUUUAACCCUUUGAUGACUGCUUUAAGGUUGCUGAGGUCAGCCCCAACUGGAAAAAAGCAUUAGAUCUUCAUGGUCUCCCACCCAAGGAUCGCCCCUGUGAUUUUUUUUAUUCUCCACCGUGUCCUCUUUUCACCCCAAAUCAUUACUUCUUUUGUGGUGUUCUAGUGAUGUCAACCAAAUUCGAUGAUGAUCAGUGCAAGCACAUGUAUUAUAGUCUCUGUAUGUUUACAGUGUUGUGAGUAAAUGGCCUAGAGAACAAAACACACAUGUAUACAAACACGAACACACAGACACGCAUACACACAGAAGUAUAUAUUGAUUAAAAGUCCAGUAUUAGUUGGGGGUGGUUGGGGUUGAGACGGGUGGGGAUGUGUUGCAAUCUUGGUGAUUAUUAAAAAAAAAGAAAACCCUCUGUAUUUUUAAACAGAUGUUGUUGUCUUGAAGUCGAAGUUGUAUUUCAUUGUACAGGAAGAAAUUUAAGUAAUAAUAAUAAUAAUAAUAAUAAACUACUCAAACUAGGACUUUAAAGAUUUAGGUGUACAUUUUUCAUUGAAUUAUACAGUCAAAACUGUAAGCAAAGGAGAGUGUUUUUGGUUUUCUUUGCUUUUUCUUGAGAAGUGGGAACAUUUGCUCUUGUAGUCACCCUCAACUGGACAAUUUUUACAUUUGAGUAGUAAUAUGGUCACGUCCCAGCUUGCAGAAUGUUUUUGGUCUGUUACAAAUUUAUUGCUUGUUCAUUCCUUGUGCAUAUUAACAGCCCUUACCAGUUCCUCUAAAAAUGGACAUACGAAAUGGGUUAAAAUUAGGGUGGUCUCAUUUAUAAGUAAUGUUCAGAUCUCCUCUCUCCAACAUGAAGAUGUAAUCAUGAUGAUUUUCAUUUCAAUAACCGAGAGUCAAGAAUCUCAUUUCCCCGCAGGCUGACGUCUCGCGUUUUCAACUGGGACUUUAUAUUUCUACAUCUAUGUAUUCUGUGAUUUCUGUAUUGAUGUAAGCGCCAAAAAAAGGAAGAAUGAAAGGUCAUUGCUGAUCUCAACACCACAAUAAACAGUCAAAUGUGGCAACUUUAAAUUUCACUUUAAAUCAUUAUUACAAGUUGGGUCACAGGUCAUGAUUUCGUGAAGCAAUAUGAUUUCCAUAAAAGAUGGUUCAAACAAUUAAACCUUUAACCUCAAGAUGUACACAAUUUUGGAAUACAUGUUCCUACUCUACACAGGUUUUCGCAACUGUUGUUAAAUACAGGAAAUAAAUACGCAUUGCAGUUUA